ACAGCACCGCGAGAGGGGGACGGAGGGAGGCAAUAUGGCGGCGGCUGGCGGGCUCCCUGCGCUGCUACCCGCUCAGACGCAGCUGGAGUAUGCGCUGCUGGACGCCGUCAGCCUUCAGGAGAAGGAGAACCUGGUCUACCAGCACCUGAGGAAGGUGGACGGCUGGGAGCGGGACCUGGCGGUGCCCGAGUUUGGAGGAGAUCUGGAAUGGCUAAACACUGAAGGUCCCAUUUCUCUGUACAAAGACCUCUGUGGAAAAGUGGUGGUGUUGGAUUUCUUCACUUACUGCUGCAUCAAUUGUAUGCACCUGCUGCCUGACCUCCAUGCAUUAGAGCGCAAGUAUUCUGAUAAAGAUGGUCUUCUUAUUGUUGGUGUCCAUUCAGCAAAGUUCCCAAAUGAAAAGGUUCUGGAUAACAUUAAAAGUGCUGUUCUUCGAUAUAAUAUUACUCACCCCGUAGUAAAUGAUUCAGAUGGAAAACUUUGGCAUGAGCUGGAAGUGUCCUGCUGGCCAACUCUGGUUAUACUUGGGCCUCGUGGAAAUAUGCUGUUUUCUCUUGUUGGAGAGGGACACAAAGAAAAAUUAUUUUUAUUUGCAUCUAUAGCUCUGAGUUUCUACAAAGCAAAAGGACAAAUCAAAGAUAAUAAAAUUGCAAUAAAGUUGUACAAAGACUCUCUCCCCCCUUCUCCAUUGCUGUUUCCUGGAAAAGUGACAGUAGAUAGUUCAGGAGACAGAGUGGUCAUAGCAGAUACUGGACAUAACAGGAUUUUGGUUGUCCGGAAAAAUGGGCAAAUAAUGCACACCAUUGGAGGUCCAAACAGUGGAAGGAGAGAUGGAAGAUUUUCAGAAGCAGCAUUCAGUUCACCACAGGGAGUGGCUAUAAAGAACAAUAUUAUUUAUGUAGCUGAUGCAGAAAAUCAUCUGAUUAGAAAGAUUGACCUAGAAUUAAAGGUAGUGACCACUGUAGCAGGUAUUGGAAUACAAGGCAUAGACAAGGAGGGUGGAACAAAAGGAGAAGAACAGCCUAUAAGUUCACCAUGGGAUGUGGUCUUUGGAAAUUCAGGGACCCAGGAAGAUGCUGUUCUAUGGGUAGCCAUGGCAGGUACUCAUCAAAUCUGGGCACUCAUGUUAGAAUGUGGAAAGCUACCAAAAGGAAGUGAUUUAAAGAAAGGAACUUGCCUUCGAUUUGCCGGCAGUGGGAACGAAGAGAAUCGAAACAAUGCAUAUCCCCAUAAAGCAGGAUUUGCCCAACCCUCAGGUCUUUCUCUGGCUUCUGAAGAGCCCUGGAACUGCCUCUUUGUAGCAGACAGUGAGAGUAGUACUGUGCGAAUGGUCUCACUGAAAGAUGGAGCAGUGAAACACCUUGUAGGAGGAGAGCGAGACCCACUGAAUUUGUUUGCCUUUGGUGAUGUGGAUGGAGCAGGAAUAAAUGCAAAACUGCAGCACCCCUUAGGAGUAACCUGGGACAAGAAAAGGAAGCUGCUUUAUGUAGCAGAUUCCUACAACCAUAAGAUUAAGGUUGUAGAUCCCAAAAUGAAGAACUGUACUACACUGGCAGGUACAGGAGAUGCAAGUAAUGUUAGUGGCUCCAGCUUUACAGAAUCAACUUUCAAUGAACCAGGAGGUUUGUGUGUUGAAGGGAAUGGCUGCCUUCUCUACGUUGCAGAUACCAAUAAUCAUCAAAUUAAAGUGCUGGAUUUACAAACAAAAACUGUUUCCAUGCUGCCUAUCCUGACUACUGAAGCAUUUGAUGUUGUAGAUCAUCCACUUGCACAAAAGCCUAACAUGGCAAGCCUGCCAAAGCUGCCUAAAUCUGCACCAAACAUUCAACUUCCUUCAUUGACUGUAUCUCCUGGGCAGACACUUCAGUUUUUAUUACGGUUAAGCCUUCCUGAAGAUUCAAAGCUGAAUGAGGAAGCACCCAAUUCAUGGUUUCUCACAGCAGAAGGUAAUGAGUGGUUGCUACGAGGACAGACUUCAUCUGGAGAAAUUAAGGAUGUUUUCAAUCCACCUCUCAUCCACUUGCAGUUACCCAGUUGCUGCCAGUCAUCUGAAGCUGUACUGUCUAUCAGAGCAUGCCUCUAUUACUGUAGCAAAGAAAGCAGUGCCUGUAUGAUGAAAGGAAUCUCCUUCAAUCAGCCUUUACAGAUAGCUAGCACAAACCAAGGUAGCACAGUGCAAGUAGAGCUGACAUAUACAUUUUAACUAACUAAACCAAAAACCCAAUAGACUUGUGAUGCAACUUUUCAGCUUAAUAUUUUUACAGAAAACAUACAAAUAGCGUCCCUCCCCACCCCACCCCAUUCCUCAUCUUACAGCAUAUGAAGAAUUCUAAAGCAUAAUAUGCUGGGUAGAUGAAGUAGGAAUGCCUUUUGAUGUAACAUGAAUAAUUACAGUGAAAUCAUGUUGGUUUUAUUUCUUUUUUUGUUACUGUAUGAGCAAUAAUGCCCUAAUGCUCUAAAGUCUGCUGACAGUUGUGAAUUGAUUGGACCUAGGCAACUUUAACCAGCAAGAAGCAAUUUUAAGAGUCCAUCCUGGAAGAGCCAGUAUUACAUUGUGAUAUUACUGUAAUAAGUUCUCUUGCACUGCAUAUUUGGAAUACCUAAAUCACUUGGGGCUGACCGACUGCAUAUUCCUUUUUAUGCCUUCCAUUUUUAAUAGAAUAUUAAAAAAAAAUCUCUGUUUUUCCAGUUUACAAAAGGAUUAUUUAUCUUAUUUUGCAAUGAAGGCACUCAAGACAAAACUCACAUGUUUUGGGGAAAAAAAUCCUGAAAUGGGUGCAGUACUAUUUAUUCUUAUGCAAAUCACGUAUUCUAAAUCAAACUAAAUAUUUAUGCCUUAUUUAAAGAGCACAAUGUCAUGGGGACAAUUUUCUUUAAAGGAAAUGUUUGUGUUCAUAUAGACAAUGUUACAUAAUGAUGUCAAACAGAGAUUGUGCCCAUGCAGAAGCAAUGUGCUGGGAUUUUUCUCAUUUGUGUAUGUCUAUUCAUGUUUUACAGUGAAGUAUAGGCAGGAAUACUGGAGACUCUAACUUGCAAUAAUUAAAUGGCAAACAUUUCAGUCACAUGAAUUGUUUUUUUUCCCCUUCACUAUCUUGCAAAUUCUGUGCAAAACUUGUAAGUCUCUCACAAGAAACUUGCAAACACUGGUGAUCGUGAGUAACAUUAUAUAUUUGGUUCCUGGUUCACAGUCCCUUGAAGUCAGGUGGGGUCUUUCCUUUGAUUUCAGUGGGCUUUGCAUCAAGGUUUUGUGUUCAGUAUGUCUGUUUACAUGGUAACUAACUCAGAUACAGGUUUGGAGUGUCCAAGCCUUCACUUACAAUCUGUGAUAGGUUUUUAAUUUUUUUUUCCAGCAAGCCAUUUUGGCACAGUUUUUCAAACUUCUGCUUGUUCUAGGCAAGCUUUGUCCUUUUAACAAAAUCUCUUCUUUUUCAUUUUGUUCCUAGUAUCAAAUGUCAUUAUAAAUGGCAGGAGAGUAGGGGUAUUUUUAAAUUUGUAUUGGAAAACUUCCACUGACUUUGGGUAUUCCGGCCCAAUUUUAUGACACAGUUCUGAGGGGAGAAAAACCUACUACUGACAUGCGAUUAUUCAUGUUUUUUUUAAAUAGAUACCAUGAUAAAGUAUAUUUGAGUUUAUAAAAAUUUAAAAAUUUAUAUUAGCCUUCCCUAAAAUAACCGUAAUAGUUCAUGGUACCUGUCAGUAAACAGCUGAGAGGAUUUGUUGCAGGUCUUUCCUGCUCUGAAACUAAGUGAAAUAUUGCUUUUGAACCCAGGAGGCUUUUUUGUUUUAAGGGAACCAUAUGGACUGGUGUGGCUUUUCCUUCCCUCUUGAAAUCAAAUGCCAGCAUAUCUGCAAGCGUUCUAUUUUAAUAUUAGAAAUAAUAUUGUCAUUCAUUAGCUAUGCAAAAAGUUGAAUAUUAGCUUUUUACACAACCUUUAUAAUCUUCCUUUUCAGUUUUUGAGGGAAAAAUAAUCCAUAUUUACAUUUCACUUCAGCAUUUGAAAUAAACAGGAAAUCAUGUUGCCAUGUCUGUUUGCUGUUUGUAAAUGCAAUUUGCAAGGUUAAGAAGACAUUGAUCAGAGUAUUUACUAUUCUUUUACUUAGAGGACAGCUUUUAUUAUACUUAUUUGAAAUAUUUUUUAAUUCUAGACUAGUCAGGAAACUAGUAUUCGACUUUGAGCUAACUCAUACAUUUUAUGUUACUUACCAUAAAAGAAAAUCAAGCAUGAGCCUCAAUAGUUACAAGUGAGGUUUCAGACUCUUUCUGCUCUCUUAAAUAUAAUGCUCAGCCAGAUGAAACUGUUGUUCAAACUUUUAAAAUAGUUGAUUGGUUUUUGUCCAUUCCAUUUGGACAGGAUGAUAAAAAUUUGGCUUGAUCAGUUUUCUAUAUUUAAAAAAAAAUGAAAAGAAUUAGAUGAUGGGGUUUUUGUUUUAAAAAAGGGGUGGGGUCUAUUUUAUUAAGUGUACUGUUUAAUAUACAUCAUCACUUUAAAUGUAACAUUACAGCUAUUUUAUCUUUAUGUAAAUGGGUCUAUAUAAACAUAUUUAAGAGGCAUAGUCUGUGGGGGGUUUUUAAUAUUUCAUCUUCCUUGUUACAUAGAACCAUAGAAAAGUAGGGCUGGAAGGAAUCUCAGGAGGUCAUCUAGCUUGGUGCAGGAUCCUCCCUGACUAAACUACUAUGAUAUUGAUGCUUUCACUUUUCCUUCUUCCGUAAAAAAUUAUUGGGAAGAGAUGUUAAUAAACUAACACAGUUGUAGAUCAUGGCAUAAUAGACCUUUAAAUGCUUUAAUUGUAGCUAAUUAUGUUUAUCCUAUUUUGCGAAAGCAGCUCAUAUUUCAGCAGCACAGGCUUAAAGUAAACCUUUUGUUUGAGCCAAUUUAUCCUUUUUCUUUUUCUUUAUGUUGGAAGUAGUGAGUAGAAUCCAAUACAAAUCAUAGGGAAUGGGAUUUCAAAGUAGUUCAUGGGAUGGCAGGUCAGUGUCAAGUGCCUUUUUUCCAUCAAAUUUGAUGA